UCCAACCAUCCACCCAACACCCCUCCACACUGGGACGCCCACGCGCACCGCCGCCUCCUCAACGCCCUCCAGCACCACAUCCACCAGCUCCAACAAUGCCUCGCAGACGACGCCACGCUCUCCCAAGACCAAGCGCCCCGCAACCUCAUGCUCCGCCUCAACAAAUACUUCAGGGACAUCCAACACUUCCUCCGCACCCACAACCACACCGCCUGCGCCUGGGACCACGUCCUCCUCGAAGCUCGCGUCUCCCUCCAACACCACCACAACCUCACACGCACCAACAACAACUAG